GCGAUACACCUGCAAUCAAUGAACAUACACAUAAUUGGCCAUGGCAGCUUUCGUGGGCUCGUCUGCGUUUACUGUGAUGACGAGAAGUUGGAUGAGUUCCAGUCGGCUAAGAAUCUCGCGUGCACCUACGCUGGCUUGGGCACUCCUGCAGAGGCGCAGGAAUCCAAACCCGACGAGUUGAAGCAGUACAUAAAGGGCUCCGAGUUCAGGGAGUGUCAUUGGCAAUUCCUGCAAGCAGGAAAUGCGCGCGGACUAGGUUUGGGCAGCAAUAAGAGCAAGUACACCCGAGCCGCAUUUCUGGCCUUGGCCUUGGACCAGGCGCAACGAGCGCGACCGGUAUUGCCCGAGCUUGAGGGACCCCUCAAGAUGCUGGGGGAGGCGACCGAGCUGAAACACGGAACCCCGAGCAAACCACCGUCGCGGAAGAGAUGCCGAGAUGAAGCUCCAGAGACUGAGGCGACCGAGCUGAAACACGGAACCAAGAGAUGCCGAGAUGAAGCUUCAGAAUCCAUGAGUCACCAGAGCCAUUUCGAGAAGCUUUGGGCUGAGUGCGCCGAUGUUGCCCGGGGCGCAGAGAUGCCAACGAUUCUGCAAAUGGACGACGUAGACCGCAUGCGCGAACGCGGGCUCUGUGUGGGCCGGAGGAAGGCUCACGACAUUCUUUUGGCUGCUAGAGGAUUGAUGCAUGAAGAGCUGCAGACAUCCAGAGAGAAAGUGCUUCUGAAGGACGUGAGUCACAAGCCAUGGCAGCUGAUUGUGGCUGGCGCAGCCGACAAGAUCAGGAAAAACCUCGUUGGACCUGGGAUCAAGGGCUUCAGGCUCGAGAUGCGAAGGUAUCUGCUUUGUCCGCACCAGAAGCAUCCCAUGGCGAAGUUUGUGGCUGAGCGGGUGGAUGGCUGGAGAGUCAUCCAUCAUCCGCAUAAAGACAAAGACGAAGAGCUUCAGUUCGAGGACCAGCAGGGCAACAAGUUCUACAUGUUCAAUUCUCCCACUCAGCAGGAGAUAACAAGGGCAUUCCGACUGGCUACAGAUUGGUCCGUGGAUGGGCGAUGGGAAGCUUUUCAAAACAAUGUGUUUCAGCAGCUGCUGGCCCGCUUCAAGGAAGAGUUUAGACCCCAUGACUUCAGCGACUCUGACUUUCAGCGUGGAGAAGAGAUCGACGCAUGGCAGCUCUCCCCGGCAAUGAAAACUGAAUUCUUGGAGUUUCUAAAGCAUGGAUCAGGAGGCAGCAACACGAGUAAGUCCAGGACGUAUGCAACACCCACAGAGGAACGGCAGCAGUCAGAGCAACAGAAUUCGUGGUGGGACAGCUCUACGUGGUGGGAAGAUUCCUGUAAUUCCUGGUGGGAGAAUCGCCCCCAUGAAUGGACAAGCUCUGCGUGGCGUCAUGCGAAAUCAUGUGAAAGCAAAACCUCCUGGGCGGAACCAUGGGACUCCUGGGAAUUGAGCGGCUACCACAAACAAGCGUUGGACGGCUUGGGCUUGAAUGGUGGUGGCACGUUGCAAUCUGCCAUGAUCCACGAGUUUCUCCGUGCAGAGAAGAAGGGCAAGGUGCUGGCCGGGCUAGAUCCAGCUCGCGAUCCUGACGCAGAGUGGCACUAUAGGCACCUCAUUGAACAGAUCGAGAUCUCCGAGUUGAAGUACAGCCACCAAAACAUCUCAGAGCGAUUCCUACAUGGAGAUCAGCAGGGCCAGUCUAUUCACACCUUGACCGAUGAGCUGUACUCUGGAAAGCUGGGUGCGACAGACGUGCGCCCUUUGGUGGCAGUCAGGUGGCAUGGGCAGGUCUACGUGAUUUGUGGAAAUCGCCGCUGCAAAGCCAUGAAGGACUUCAUUGAAAGGCUGCACCCGUGGAGAUGGGGGCUUCAAAAAGCGCGGGUCAUUGUUCAUGAGUUCCCAAACCUCCCAGGAAUUCGGGAUCCUGCUGUGCGCUGCGCCUUUAUGCUGAAGGCAAUAGAAGCCAUGAACACCGAAACUGGAGGAGAGUCAGUCAAAGUCGGCAGACAUGGCAGGCGCUGA